AUGUCGGAUAACGAUAUAGAAGAUGACGCAACUAGCGUUGCUGAGUUUGAUUUUCCACUUCCAUUAGAGAAAAUAAGUCAUAAUCUUGUGGAAAGACAUUCAAAGAUUUGUGAAAUAUUGGAGAUACCCGAAGACAACCUUGAAUUGAACUUUAUAUUUAAUACCGUUUCUUCCCUCUGUGAUCCAUUCACCCAACCAGAAGAGAAUGAAAAAUACAUUUUAAGUGUUGAUUUUGUAUCUGAUAUUCUAAUUGGAUUGUCAUAUUCCCAUUACAUCAAUGAACAUCAAUCAGAAUUACCCGCUGAAAUAGAGUCAAUCAAGUUUGAUUUAUCUACUCAAUUCUUUUCACUUUUAAGAUAUAUACAUAAAGCAUUAAAUGCACAAGAUGAAUUGGAACUACGAUAUAUAAAUAAUCAGGAAGAUUCUUACAAGGAAAAUAUAAAACUAUGGACUCCAAAAUCUGAUUUCCAAGAAGAUGAUUUCAAUCUCAAAAUUGUCUAUUCAAUGGCAUGUGUAUUGGUGUUUUCAAUAUAUAAACUAUUUAAACCUAAAGAAGGUGAAUAUAACUUGGCCUUAAAUCCAUAUUUGCAUUAUUUCCUUAAACUCUGGAAGUGUCAUACAAACAUUAUAUUACUUGGUCUUGAAAUUGAUAGACGAUUGGAGGAUAAUACCCAAGAAGAUGAAGAGCCAGAACAAACUCCAGAAAUUGUAAAGCAAGCUUUGAAAGGAUCAAGUAGUAUACGAUAUGUCCUUGCAUGGGUCGUUAAUCAAAAUCCUUCACUGUUGUAUGAUGAUCAGAGUGAUGUAAUGUUACAUAGUGAUGACAGAGAUAUUACGGAUGAGACUUUACUUAACUUUGUCCAUCCUCUUGGUAGACGAAAGGUGAAUGGAGGAUCAUUGCUGAUAGAUAUGAGACUCGUAGUAGUUGCUCUACUUAUUAUCAAUGUGGGAAUUUCAUUCGCAGCUGGACUGUUUCAAGAUUCUGACAGAUCUUCAAGAAGUGAAGAUGAGGCCACCAGACGACUUAACCAAUCAACUAGGAUUUUAGAAAUAGGGGAUAUCUUAAUAGAUUUGGAAUAUGACGAUAGAUUUGAUGAAGAUAUUAGGUAUAUUUUCGAGAACGAAUACCCUGAAGAUGAUGCUGAUGAAGACUGGCAAGAUGAAGAUGAUGAAGGUGAGUCUAAUAAAAAUAAUAAAAAUGAAACUGAAGCAGUUGUGGAAGCCGGAGCAGAAAAAGGUAAAUCUUUAUCUAAAGCUAUCAGAUCAGGUGAUGAUACAAUACAAUUUGACGAAAAUGGUAGAGAUUGGAGAGAUCUUCCUAGAGGUGAAAAUAUCAAAUUCGCUAAUUGGUAUAUUGAAAAGUUACAGGAGUUUGAUUCGUUAAAAGUUAAAGAUGAAUCAGAUGAUUUCUUUUCUACUGCUAAUGAAUUAAUCGAUACAUUGGAAUUCUUAACCUUUAACAGUAUUGAGGGGGAUAAUGAAAGUGAAAAACGAAUUGGACAAGUUGUGUUAAAUACUAUUGCCAAAGCUGUGAAAGAUGAACAAGAUUCUAAGAGUAAUUCAAUAACUCCUGAUUUGAUUUAUCAAUUUUGGUCAUGUCCAGCUAAAGACGAAGCGGUUGUUAUGACUCAAGCAAAUAACAAAUUAAUUGUCCCCAUAUUACUGAUAACAAAUUUCGAAUUACUUCUUCAAAAUAAUAGUAAGGUUGCCCGAUGUAUGAUGGAUGAGAUGUUAAUGUGUAAAGGCUAUAGAAGAGUUUUGAUUUGGUUUUUAACAAAUAAUAUCAAUCUAUCAUCUCUCUUGAUAGACUACGUAUUUGAACUUCUGUCGGGGCUUAGAGGUAAUAAAGUUAGACAAAUCCCUUAUAUGUUUACUAGACAGGGAAGUCUGUUAGUAAUCACUGAGAUAGAGAGACUGAUGUUGCUUCAUGAAUUUUUGACCAAUUGCAGUAGUUAUUUAUCAGCUACUGAUGGGAUUGAAAUAGAUAAUGAUUUUAAGGUUGUGUUAGCGGAAUCUAUUGCAAAGAAGUAUCUUUCAUUGUUAUGUUUGAUGCUCACUAGAUUGAUUGAUUUAGGUAUUAUAAAUUUAGAAUUUGAAGAUAGUAUUGAUGAUUAUUCAAAUGAAAUUCGAAUUUUAUUAAUCAAUUGGGUUGGUAAGCUUCCUGAAGCUAGAGAUCUCUUUUUCAGGAUCCAGAAGAAUUCAUCAAGAACCAUUGAAAAGAAAAAGAAUGAAUCGAUUCAUAGUAUGGAAGAGGUUACUGCACUUUUCAAAAAGUAUGAAAAUUUAUCAACUAUUGAAAUUACAGAAGAUUUGGUCAAUAAUAGAGUUCAUAAAGAAACAAUAGAAUUCUUUACCAAUAAGAUAUAUAGCCUGCUUAAAACUACAGUAUCAGGAACUAUAAGUUCUGAGUCAGGUAAGUUGAUUUCGGAAGUGACUUCCGAUUUCAAGUUUUUCUUUCAACAUUUCAAUUCAAUUUGCAAAGUGGAAUACAUUGCUGAUAGAUUAUUUAAAGAUUUUGAGAGUGUGGUUACUAGUGGAAUAUUUGGUACCGUUGAAGAAGUUAAAGAUACUGCAACUGACGUUGAAUCAGAGUUCAGUACAAACUUUUUGAAUGGAAGUGGUCAUUUUGAAGAGUCAAAAUCAAACGACAAGUCAAGCAAGAAAAAGGGGAAAAAGAAAAAGAAGUCUAAAAAGAAGUAA